CUCGUGAUUGGCUGAAUCACGCAUCCAUUUGAAAUCCACAAAGCUGAACCAGGAACUACGGAGAGAUUCUUCCCCUCUUUUAAGUGGUGAAUGAAGCAUGGGGAAAAAGGAUGCAAGUUCUGUCAAGUUGCCGGUCGAUCAGUACCGUAAACAGAUCGGAAAACAGGAUUACAAGAAAACCAAGCCGGCGCUGCGAGCCACUCGGCUGAAGGCGGAGGCGAAGAGGAGUGCUCCGGGAAUCAGGGACACCAUAUUGGUCAUUGUGGCUGUCUUGCUCUUCCUGCUAGGUGUCUAUGCAUUCUUCUACCUCAACCUGAGCACCGAGCUGGAUCUGGAUGUGGACAUGGACUGAAGGACUUUUCUCACAGAUGCCAUCUCAGAGGAUUCUGGGUGGCUCAACCCAUGAACCACUCAUGGUGUGCCAGCAGUUUGAUAGUAUCACAUAUUUCCUAUCUUUGUCCCCUUUUAUACCAGCAGAAGCUGAAAGAAGAUGAGUCUUAAAUUGCAUAGAAGCAUGAAGUUAAAGAUUUUUAUUUUAAUUUUUUCCCCCAUGCAGUGUUGAUAUCCUUUUUGAUUAUUAAUAAAGUUUCACAUGUCCCACAGCUUUGGGAUUUUAAGAACCAGCUUGUUUUCCAUUUGGAUCUUUUAGUUUUAAAGGAAUAAGUUCACCCAGAAAUGAAACUUAUGUCAUCUUUAACUCACUCUCAUGUCUUUUGAAAUGCAUUUGGCUCUCUGCAUGAAACACAAAAUGAGGCUUUUGUUUUUAUAUAAUCAAAGACUAGAUUUUCACUGAAUAACAAAUAUCAGUGACAAAUCUAUUACAUGGCUUCAGGAAAAUUGUAUGGUGCUUUUUGGAGUUUGACAACUUCUGGUCCAUCUUUGUUUUCACUGAAUGAAAAAGAGCAGCUCAGCUCUAAACUUCUUAUUUUUGUUCCACAAAACAUGAAGGUGAGUAAAUGAUGAGUAAAUUUAAAAUUUUUGGUGAACUAUCCCUUUAAUCAUUUCCAUCUUACUAUUGCGUAUUAGCAAAUGGAUGCAUUUUGAACCAAAUUGGUUUAAAUUUUAUUACAUAAUCCAUUGGAGAGAAGAAAAAAAAUCCCCAUCCUGUGGAGAAAAUAUUUCAGAUAAAUGAGGCAGACAAGAAGGUAUAUUGCAUUCCAUACCACGAACACUUCUUACAGAUCUAGACAUAUCAAUGCUGGAGAUCAGAGGCAAUCUGUGAUCUUGUUUGUGUGUGUAAUGCUGACAUUCUCGGUCUCGUUUCUCGUCAUCGUGCAGCUCGUUAGCAUAUCAAACACUGCAAACUUUGGUUAUUGAAAGCCAAAAGAGCAUCAGUGAAGAUACCUAACAUUACCACGUAGACCUUGAUGUUCUCUCCGCUUUUGUAUGCGUGUGCGUAUGUGACCUCUAGAGACGUAUAGAAACAGCACUUGAAGCAUUAUCAAUCAGCAUGAGAUGCUGUUACUUUUAGCUAGCGUGCAUCUUUUGAUCCAUCUCAGAAGAUAAAACGCAUGGCCCUGCCUUGGUCUCUGACAUCCAGCGCUUCCUUUACACGCUGCUGGGCCUGUGUGUGUGCAUUCGUGGGAGUAAGACAGAGUCGUAGGGUGGGAAAUGAAAGGCUGAAGCUGAUGACAUUCAAAGUUCAUUUACAUUCUCUUUGUAUAGCGCAUUGGAUCUCGUACAAACGCACAGCAACGACUUAUUUCAUUCCAGGCCGUGAGAGUUGUUUUAUCUUUCACUGCAUGAGGUAUAUGUGCCUAACUCAGGACAACUGCUUUGCUGCUCAACCCUUAUUUUCCUGGGACGUCUGACUGUUAUCAUUAAUUCAAGGAUUGAUACCCUAUUGAACAAAACAUUUUUGUAGCCUGUCUUUGAUUUGGACUCGAGAGCUUUCCAAAUUCUUUCAUAGUGAGACUGAACUAAACCAAAACAAAGAGUCUCGUGUUCCUUGUUGACUGUUUUGCUUGUUUUUCUUCUCUUGUUUCUAUCAUACUUGAGAUAAAAUAAUAAACAUUGUCAAAACACGUUGAUAUUGAUAAAAGCUUGUGUUCAUUUUUGAAAUCGUAUAACAAUGUUGAGCAUAUAAAUAGUAUCUGUUUCAGUGCCUUGUUGCGUUCCACUUCGAGACCGAAGCACAU